GAACGCCUGGGAGAUCCUGUCGACUGCCGGGCAUCGUCUGGAAGUGGAGAACGCAGAGAGGCUCUUUGCUGAGGUGCGGCGCCUUGGGGAUGUGCCGGUGAACAGGGGCGGCCUACAGGGGCUUCUCUACAAGUGCAGCCAGCAGCACAACGAGACGGAGGGCUGCCGCACACUCCCCGGCUCGCUGGAAGCCGUAUAUGAGAUGGGGGCCUACCUCAUGUCCUUCAACGAGGCUUCCCAGAAGUACCAGAAGAUGAAGAAAGCUCCCAUGGGCUUCGUGAGCGCCGGCGGAGCUUCUUUGCAGAUUGGCAUCACAAGUCCCUGGGCCAGCCACGCCGAGCAGCUGCGGAACUGUAUCGCCGGCCUGGACGACGAGGCGAAGGUCGACGAAGACUUCGAAGCGCGCGACGAGCUGCCGGGCGAUGUCACUUCCUUGGGGGACAUCAAGGAGAGUCUGCCUGGGAGCCGGCGAACCGGUCCUUCCUUGGCCAAGGUGGCGCACUUCCCUGGGGGUCAGCCGGUGGCCCUGUUUUCCUUCCUGGCCGUUGGAACAAAUCCACCCGCCUGCAUCGAGGGUGGCUGCGCCCACGAGGUCGGCGGUGUCAAUGAGAUGCGGUUGCAGUUUGAGAACCACUUGAUUCAGCAAGGCUUUGACUCCAACCCCUGCGUUGAGUCGGCGGCCGACUUUCCCCUGGCGACCAAAGGGGCCGCCUUCACCCGAAAUCUGAUCGGUGGUGCCUCGGGCAGCGAGGAAGACCUUGAGAAGUGCCAGAGUGCCGUCACUCAGUUUCUGGACAGCGACCUCGCACUGCAGAGGUGGAAGACGGGAUCUGGCUGCUAUGAGCUACUGGGCCGAUAG